UUUGAUCGCUGAAAAAGGUCAAAAUCUGCGUUUAGUUGCGUCAGCGUUCAGCUUGAUUUUUGAGAUGGCGAAGAAGAGAGAACGGCGAAUAUCCACCGAUUCCGAUCGCCGUAGAAUCCGCAAUGGUUCCGAUCCUCCUACUGGUACCGACCGGAUUGACAACUCGGCCGAAUCAAAUGCGACUCAUGAGCGCAAACUAAUCUUCAUUUUCGUCCUCUUCUUUAUCGUCAUUCCCGCCAUUUCUGUGAUUGUUUACAGUAUCUGGUUCGAUCAGCGUUCAGGAAAGGCAGAAAGUCCUUUACCUUUCCUAUACCAGGGAGGACUCGUGAAGACCGAUAUCAGUUACGAGGAAGUUCUAAAUGGAAAUUCGAAGGUCUUGGAGGAUGUUACCCGUCGCGGGUUUAACUAUCCGGUUCUAGCCUAUGUUACUCCUUGGAAUGCGGAAGGAUAUGAAGUUGCUAAGAGGUUCAACUCUAAGUUUACACAUCUGUCACCUGUUUGGUAUGACCUGAAGAGAGAUACAAAACUAGUUCUAGAAGGGAGGCAUAAUGUUGAUAAAGAUUGGAUUUCUCAGGUUAGAGAAAGAGGAAAUGUAAAGGUGCUACCAAGAGUUGUAUUGGAGGCUCCACCCGGCCAGGUGCUUAAAAAGAAAAAGCAAAGGAACAAUGUGAUUGACCUCAUAGUAACAGAAUGCAAAGAAAUGGACUAUGACGGCAUUGUACUUGAAUCUUGGUCAAUAUGGGCAGCUUAUGGUGUCUUGCAUGAUCCGGAACUACGGAAUUUGGCUAUUCAAUUUGUUGAGCAACUUGGACAAGCUUUGCAUUCAGUAGAGAGGGGGGAUAAUAAGCAGCAUAUGGAAUUAAUUUACGUUAUAAGGCCACCAUAUUCAGAGAAAUUGGAGAAGCAUGAUUUUGGACCUGAAGACAUCAAAAGAUUAAGUAAUGCUGUUGAUGGCUUUUCACUUAUGACAUAUGACUUCUCAAGUCCCCAGAAUCCAGGGCCAAAUGCUCCUCUAAAUUGGAUACACUCUACCAUGCAGCUGCUCCUUGAAGGAACGAAAGGUGGAUCUCAGAGUGUCGCACAUAAAAUUUUUGUGGGCAUAAAUUUUUAUGGAAAUGAUUUCGAGCUUCCAGAAGGAGUAGGAGGUACGGGUGGGGGUGGUCCCAUCAUAGGAAGCAGUUAUCUAUCGGUGCUAGAGAAGCACAAACCUCCAUUUAGGUGGGAGGAAAACAGCAAAGAACACUAUUUCAUGUAUUUGGAUAAUUCAAAAAAAACACAUGCCGUGUUCUAUCCAUCACCCAUGUCGAUAGCAUUGCGGGUAGAAGAAGCCCGGUCAUGGGGUGCUGGCAUCUCAAUAUGGGAAAUUGGACAAGGGUUGGAUUACUUCAUGGACCUGUUUUAAAAUUAUUGUCAAGAAUUGAAGUAGGUGGUGGUGGUAGAUUGACUGACUGAGUUUUUAUUAACAAGUUGCUCAAUUAUUGAAAUAUGCAUGUUGUUGCACUUUUAAAUGUAAUCUAACACACACUUUGUGAUCCCUUAUUGUCAAGAUAGAUGGAUUAUU